AUUACUUGGUUUAUCUCCACCGCUCCUCGAUCACUCCGAGUAAGGCAUUCCGUGUCUGUAAAUCCACAUUUACCAGCUAUUCCACGGUUCUAUCGAUCAUCGAGUGAUCAUUCCCGCGUAAUCACUGACCGUGGUAAUAGUCUCGUUGACCAAUCGAUUGUCCAAUCAAUUAAAAAUUACUGGAUCACUUGCCACUGAAAUUGCAACAGCUGAGAUUAUGAGAUCAGUUAUUUGAUUGUCCUCUGAUCCUCUGGAGUCAGAGUUUGGAUUUAGAGAGUGGAAAAUGGUUUGAGUGGAAUAAUUUGUGUGCAGUGGAGGUGACAGUGCUUAUGUGGGCCUGAUAGCACCUUCUGGAGAUUUAUUGAACUGUUAUUAAAGAGAUAAUGGAUUUUCGUUAUUCAAUCACUGGCAAAUGGGCUAGAGGACUCGCUCUCCUGUGCAUCUGCUAUUCAGCUCUCGGCUAUGGGAUGCUCCUGGAGGAGGAAAAGGAUACCAAGAAUUUUACUGCCUCCAUCGGGGAGUACGUCGUUUUCAACUGCCACCUCGAUUUUCCCCAUGAGAUACCGAUACCCUAUAUUUUAACGUGGAACAGGGAAGGAAGAACCGUGUUCUCUUGGUACGAAGUACCAGGCAAUGAGAAGGCGAAUAGUAUACUAUCAAUUGCUGAUGACUAUUCAGGUAGAAUACACCUGCUCGAGGAUAAUCUAUCGAGUGACUACGGACAUGGCAGCAUAAACCUGACAAAUAUCCGGGAAAGUGAUCAGGGGUGGUAUGAGUGCAAGGUUGUGUUUCCAGACAGAUCUCCAAGCUCCAGAAAUAAUGGCACCUGGUUUCACCUCAGUAUCGAAGGUGUGUCGCAACCGGGCGACAAUGUUGUAGGUGAAAAUCUUCUUGCUGUACCGCCUGUUAACAGAACAGCGAUGGAAGGGGAAAUUGUUGAGUUCGAGUGCAUAACAAAAGAUAGUAGUACAGUCGUCAAUUGGCUGAGGGAUGGACUCGAGAUCGAACAGAUUGAGGAUCUCAGAGGGAGGAUAACUGUAAAUGAAAAUGGCACACUGAUAAUAAGCCCAGCAGCAAUCGGAGACUUGGGGGAAUAUUCCUGCGUGGUAACUGAUGUUCUUGGAGAUCAGCAGUCGGCAUCAGCUUUUCUAAAUGUUCAAUAUAAAGCGAAGGUGAUUUACGCCCCAAGGGAAGUCUUCCUUCCCUAUGGAAAGUCAGCUCUCUUGGACUGUCACUUCCGAGCGAAUCCACCCCUGACUAAUUUACGAUGGGAAAAAGACGGUUUUCUCUUCGAUCCCUACAACGUUCCUGGUGUAUUCUACCGUCGAAACGGUUCCCUGUACUUUAGCAAAGUUGACGAGACCCACUCCGGCAGCUACAGUUGCACACCGUACAAUGAACUUGGUACCGAGGGCCCCAGUCCCUCGAUUUCAGUGAUCGUUCAGAGACCUCCAGUUUUCACGGUAACACCUCAACGUCUCUACAUGCGAAAACUCGGCGAAAGUCUGGAAAUUCCCUGUGACGCUCGUGACGGGGAUCAGUCCCAAAGGCCAACAAUCGUCUGGUUUAAAAAGGACGGUUCUCCUCUCCCGCAGGAACGGGCUAUUCUCAGUGGUGGAAAUUUGACCAUCGAAAGAAUUCAGGAACAAGACAGAGGACUUUAUCAAUGCGCUGCCAGUAAUGAAGCUGCUACCAUUGUCGCUGAUGCUGAGCUCAUGGUGCUCAAUGUUCCACCCAGAGCUCCAUACAAUCUCAAUGCUAACAGCAGCAGAAAUUCCGUUACAUUGACGUGGGUCCCUGGAUAUGUGAGACCUAAAAUGGAAUACGCUGUCUGGUACAGACCAACGGACACAACCGAAUGGAAAACCAUGAAAAUACCCUCGAAGAAAAUAACCGAGGCAACAAUUCCCAAUCUAUCGCCAGGUCGUGAGUACGAGUUCAUGGUUCUGAGUCAGGAUAAGCAUGGUGAUGGCAUGUUCAGCAAGAGCAUUCGUGUCCUCACGCAGAAUACAAAAACAGGGUCUCUAGACCGCAAUUCAGCCUCGGAAUUCCGGAGUACUCAAGACGAGGAGGCGAGUGUGGAACCACCACGAAAUGUUCGUGUCCAGGUGACAGCUGAGGGUUAUCUGGUAACGUGGGAGCCACCAAUUGAAGGAAAAGACAUGAUCAAGAGCUACACUGUCAGAUGGUUUCGCGAUCCUGCAGAGGCACUCUACGGGACAGCCGAGACCGUCGAUACAUUUUACUUAGUUAAAACACUAGAAGAGGAUACAAGUUACAUAUUCGAGGUGUCAGCAAUUUCCAGAACCGAAGAUGUUGCCACUAGUGAACAGUUCACGUUAGAAGUACCAGCGUAUCGUAGGAAUAGAGCAAUUUCGAUGGGAAUUGUUGCUGGCAUUGGAUUUUUGGCUGCAGCACUCGCGACUGUCUGGUGGGCAAGGAAGAGAUUCUGUCGGCCAUCAUUAAAUAAAUGAGACGAAGAUUAAAUGAAUUGAGCUUGCCGCCACUGAGAAGUUACAAUAUCACAUGACGUAUACGUUAUCAAUUGAUUCAUUAACGGAGUAAUUGGUUAAUUAUUAUUUAUUUGUAGGUUCUUUGUAAAUUUCGGAGGGGGGGCUUUCGAUCAAAAAUUUGUAGGAGAAAUAUCAAGAGAACUCGUAAUCACUCUGUGAAGAAAAAACGUUUUUGUUACCGUUUUUUUUGUUACUAAGUCAGGGUAAAAAUGCAUUGACAGUAAAUUUUGCUACAAAUUUUUAUCAGGAGAGGGCAAUUUUUGGCCCGGGCAAUUAUCAACUGUACAUACAGUUUAUUGUCAAGGAAUGAUGAAAUAAAAAAUCUUCUGUACAAGGCGA